CAUUGUUUGGAGUUUAGACCAGACGCCGAAAGACUCGACGGCUCGGAACUGUGAGAAACGACUAACGAGGAGGAAGGACGGGGGAAAAAUCCGAAAAUGGGCUGGAUCGGAGAGACCAUUGACUCGAUCAAAUCUUUACAAAUCAGGCAUGUUCUCUCCCAGGCCGUCAGCCUUGGCAUGAUUGUUACAUCAGCAUUAAUAAUAUGGAAAGGAUUGAUGUGUAUCACUGGUAGUGAAUCGCCUGUUGUUGUUGUCCUUUCUGGGAGCAUGGAACCUGGCUUCAAGAGGGGUGACAUUUUGUUUUUGCACAUGAGUAAGGAUCCUAUUCGUGCAGGGGAAAUUGUCGUGUUUAAUGUUGAUGGACGUGAAAUUCCAAUUGUCCAUCGGGUAAUUAAGGUUCAUGAACGGCAAGAUACAGGAGAAGUUGAUAUUCUCACCAAAGGUGAUAACAAUUUUGGGGACGAUAGGCUUUUGUAUGCUCAAGGUCAGCUCUGGCUUCAGCGGCACCAUAUCAUGGGGAGAGCUGUUGGGUUCUUACCAUAUGUUGGAUGGGUCACCAUUAUAAUGACAGAAAAACCUAUUAUUAAGUACAUACUCAUUGGUGCCCUGGGGUUGAUGGUCAUAACUUCGAAGGACUGAGGAAUGAAUUUGAAUUGCAAGGCUUUGGUCAACUUCACAGAAGUCAUUUCAUUUUGAUCAGAUGCCAUCUUUCUUUUCUGUGUACAUUGAAUAGAAGUCAUGAUAUUUUUGAAAGAAUAGAUCAAUUACUCAAAUUGGAUGGAAAAGUUGAUUAUAUCACUAGCAUUAAAGAGAUCAGUUCAAUGUUUUUGGUCAUUAA